AACAACAACAACAACAACAACAACAACAACAACAACAACAACAACAACAACAACAACAACAACAACAACAACAACAACAACAACAACAACAACAACAACAACAACAACAACAACAACAACAACAACAACAACAACAACAACAACAACAACAACAACAACAACAACAACAACAACAACAACAACAACAACAACAACAACAACAACAACAACAACAACAACAACAACAACAACAACAACAAUAAUAAUAAUAAUAAUAAUAAUAAUAAUAAUAAUAAUAAUAAUAAUAAUAAUAAUAAUAAUAAUAAUAAUAAUAAUAAU